AUGGAGUCCACGUCAGCCUCGGUAUUCGACACGAUUGAUCAUGCAACCAAGAAGGAUGUCGGAGUCAUGGUAUCGUCCGAGAGUGAUAUUGCGUCAUCUCAAGAGCCCACUCCUCCUGCCAGAACCGCUGGGAAGCUCGACGUGCUGGUCCAAGGUGUCGCCUUGUUUUCCGAUGGCUACAACAUUCAGAUCAUCGGAUACAUGAACACCGUUCUGGCUAAGCUUUAUCCGAAACAGAUGACGAAUGCCGUUAAGACAAGGCUUUCUAAUUCCAUUCUGAUUGGCGACAUCUUUGGCAUGCUCAUCUUCGGUCUUUGCAUUGACAAGUUUGGUCGGCGAGUUGGAAUCAUUCUGACCACUCUCUUCUUGGUUUUGGGUAUCGUCAUUGCUACUGCUGCCCAUGGAGCCUCCAUUGAGGGAAUGUUCUGGAUGAUGGUAAUCGGCCGCGGUGUUGCGGGUGUCGGUGCUGGAGGAGAGUACACAGUCUGCACCUCGCAGGCUCUGGAGUGUGCCGACAGCACAGAGGCCAUGCGCAGGAGACGCGGAAUGCUCGUCGCAGUUUCCACAAACGCCGCAAUCAUCUCUGGUUUCGUCGGAUCUAGUAUCGUCUCUUUGAUUGUCAUUGCUGCGUAUAAUGGUCAAGCAAGUGACGGAAUUUGGCGCAUUUGCUUUGGAAUUGGAAUUUUCCUUCCUUUGGCGAUCUUCUUCUUCCGCCUACGGCUCGUCGAUUCACAGCAGUACCAGAAGCACGCCAUUCAGCGCAACAUUCCGUAUCGUCUCGCCAUCAAGUUCUACUGGAAACCACUCCUUGGAUGCUGCAGCGCAUGGUUCCUCUACGACGCCGUUGUAUACCCCUUCAACCUUCUUGCACCAACUCUUGUCUCCGGCUUCUCCGCCCAGCAGACAAUGAUCCAGUCAAUCGGCUGGUCCGCCCUAAUUAAUGCAUUUGCCCUUCCCGGUGCCUUCAUCGGCGCGCUACUGAUGGACCGCAUUGGUCGCCGUCAGACUUACGCCCUGGGUUGGGCCAUCGUCUGCGUCUUCGGAUUCGCCAUUGGCGGCAGCAUGAUUCAGCUCAAUAACGUAUUCCCGCUCUUCGUCACCUUGUAUGGCCUCUUCCAGACCUUCUUGUCUGUUGGCCCUGGAGACUGCAACUUUUUGGUCUCGAGCGAGUCCUUCCCUACACCGCUUAGAGGUCACUUCCUCGGAUUUGCUGCCGCCAUAGGCAAGGCAGGGGCUGCUAUUGGCACGACUGUGUUGAGUGCGGCGCUUGCGAGCUUUGAUGAGAAGUUGAAGGGACAGCAGGCGAUCUUCCUCAUCGGUAGUGGCAUUUCGGUCGUGGGUACUCUUUGUGUGUGGUUCCUGAUUCCCGACGCUCCGAAGCAUUUGGAAGACGAAGACGUUCGUUUCAAGAAGUAUCUUGAAGCCAACGGCUAUGACACGAGCCAGAUGGGUCUCAAGGCGUAG